AUGUCCAAAUUGAGGAAAUCUAGUGGCCCAAAGGAAUUACUGCCAGCCACAGUGCCAGAGAUGAGGGACAGUUGGAGUGACACGGCUGGUGGCAAACAUUGCAAUAUUGAGAUAGAACAUUAUAUACUACUGAAGAAGCAACAGUCAUUUAACAAGAGGGAAAACAACAACGAUUUGCUGGUAGAGGAUGCAAAAAAACUCCCAGACAGCAACUCACAGUUUGCAAAUCUUCCAAAAAUACCAAAUGGAUUUACAAUAAAUACUCCAAGAAGAGUCGCAGUGCAGCACAACUUGUGUGUGCACAUUCCUUGCUCUUUUCAAGUUCCUCCAAUUUAUACUUUAUCCAAGAGUGCUCAAGGAAUAUGGCUGAAAGGCGAUCAUGAGAAAAUGAACAUUGUGGCUAGGAAGGCUGGUCCAGAUGAUCCCCAAAAUGAGCAUCCUCAUUUUUUUCUCACCGGAGAGGUAUGGAAAGGAGAUUGCUCUCUAAGAAUUUCGGAUGCAAAAUAUGAAGAUGACAAUAUCUACACAUUCAGGCUGGAAGACAAUGGGGUCCAUUUUUCUUUUGUUGAAAUCAAACCCAAAGUGACAGUGAUUGAUUUAACAGACACUCCAGAAAUCUCCCCAAUGCAGACUUUGGUUGCUGGUGAGAGGGUGACUCUAACCUGUACAAGUCCUGGUAGAUGUUCCGGUAAAGCUCCAAAAAUCACCUGGGAAGGAACAUUUAACAAAAGAACGCUACGUCAAUACACUAUAUAUAAUGGGGACAACACCAGGAGCUACCACUCCAACCUCACAUUUAUUCCAACCGUUAAUGACAGCCUGAAGAAACUACAAUGUAAAGUGACUUUUGCAGAUAGUCUGACCUCAACAAGUGAAACCAUUGAACUGGAUGUAGAAGGGAGGGACUCUGAAGAGAAAACUAGUCUAGAUUGCUCUUCUAUGGAUUACAGACUUCUUGCCGGGAUUAUUGGGGGGAACAUCAUUAUCCUGCUACUGAUUGGCUUGGGUGUUUUCUGCUUUAUAAAGCGACACAUGAAGAAAGCUCUACAAGGUCAAUAUGAUUUGGAAACAGACCUCAAGACACCAGAUCACAAGGAAGUGAAUCUGCUUAUCAGGCAUCAUGAGAUCCACUCGGUAUCAGCUCAGUGUCAAGAUGAAGUUGCAUAA